AUGGGGAGCGAGGGUAUGAAUGGUGUAAGGGUUGUGUGUGUCACAGGAGGAGGGGGUUACAUUGGAUCAUGGCUUGUCAAGAAUCUUCUUCAAGGUGGUUACACAGUACACGCCACUCUCAGAAAUCCAGGAGAUACGACGAAAUGUGGGCCUUUGAUGGCUCUUGCAGGGGCCCAAGAGAGGCUUAAGCUCUUCCAAGCGGAUCUCUUGGAAGAGGACAUCUUCGAUUCUGCACUGACAGACAAUUCCAAACGAUACUAUCAAAAUGAUAUGUACUAUAAAGCCUUUAAGUUUGCUCAAUUCCUGACGGGCUCUAUAGGUGUAGUUCAUAUCGAUGACAUAUGUAAUGCCCACAUAUUUUUGAUGGAGCAUCCUACUGCACAAGGCCGCCGUAUUUGCUGCACUGAUUCUAGGAGCCUUAACUCUCUCAAAGAGUGUAUCGCUAAACAAUUAAAUCUUUCCCUUAAGUUUGAUGAAGAAGACUCGGUAAACCAUUAUGUCUCAGUUUCUUCAAAGAAAUUGUUGGACAUGGGCUUCACAUACAAAUAUGGUUUGGAAGAAGCUUUUAAAGAGACCAUAGAUUGUGCCAUUCAAAAUGGAAUUUUGAAGUUGUAA